CUUCUGCCAUUAUUCAGGCUAAAGGGUCAAUUCAAUAAUCUAAACAUUUGAGAGACACCCAAAGAAAAAGUGAACGAAUGUAUCAAAGUUAUUAAUAAAAUUUUUAGCUUUGAUAAAAACGUUCGCCUUUUCUUUAACGAGUGUUCUCUUGUAGUUUACAUUACUCAUCAUAAACAUGGCAGGAGGAGUGAUUGUAACGGGUGGUCGUGGAGGUAAACAAUACGAAGGCCGUGUUACCGGGUUUGUGAUAGUUACGUGCUUGGUGGCUGCCACGGGUGGCCUUAUAUUCGGGUAUGAUAUCGGAAUAUCAGGGGGUGUAACGUCCAUGGAUAUAUUCCUACACAAGUUUUUUCCAACAGUUUAUGCAGCAGAAAAAAAAGCAUCAGGGCAAAACCAAUAUUGCAAAUUUAAUAACGAGUUGCUAACUUUGUUUACUUCGUCUCUUUAUUUGGCAGCACUAAUUGCCUCUUUUUUUGCAUCUAAAGUGACUAAGGCUUUUGGAAGAAAAAUUUCUAUGCUUUUUGGUGGACUUGUCUUUCUUGCUGGUGCACUUCUUAAUGCAUUUGCUGUUAAUGUUGAGAUGCUUAUUGUUGGUCGUAUUUUACUUGGUAUUGGCAUUGGUUUUAGUAAUCAGUCUAUACCAAUUUAUCUAUCAGAAAUGGCACCACCACAAAUUAGAGGGGCUCUCAAUAUUGGAUUUCAAUUGGCAAUUACAAUUGGUAUAUUGGCUGCCAAUCUCAUCAACUACUUUGCACAAAAAAUGGGGGAGAAAGGAUGGAGGAUUGCUCUAGGACUCGCCGGUGUACCGGCUUUAGUGAUCACUGCUGGUGCCUUGAUCUUACCAGACACCCCAAACUCUCUGAUUGAUAGAGGCCACCAAGACAAAGCAAGAGACUUGUUGAAGAGAAUUCGCGGAACCGAGAACGUUAAAGAGGAGUUUGAUGACAUUCUUGAAGCAUAUGAAUUGUCUAAACAAGUUAAAGAACCAUGGAGUAACAUUAUGCAACGUCACAAUAGGCCUCAACUUACCUUUGCUAUUAUCAUCCCUUUUUUCCAACAAAUUACUGGGAUUAAUGUCAUCAUGUUUUAUGCUCCUAUCCUCUUUAGGACUAUAGGGUUUGGCGAUGAAGCUUCUCUCAUGUCGGCUCUCAUUACCGGGGUUGUCAAUGUCGUCGCCACCAUUGUCUCCAUUGUUUGUGUUGAUCGCUUCGGUCGUAGGGCUCUCUUCAUCCAAGGUGGUCUUCAAAUGAUUAUAACUCAGGUGAUCAUUGGUGUAGUUCUUGGCCUAAAGUUUGGAGUCACAGGGGUCGGGUCAAUAAGCAAAACAGAUGCUAAUAUCGUAGUAGCAUUGAUAUGCAUCUAUGUUGCGGCAUUUGCAUGGUCAUGGGGUCCUUUGGGAUGGUUAGUUCCUAGUGAAAUCUUCCCUUUGGAGACUCGAUCAGCAGGACAAAGUAUCAAUGUUUCCGUCAACAUGUUGUUCACCUUCAUCAUCGCGCAAUGUUUCUUACACAUGUUGUGUGCCAUGAAAUUUGGUCUCUUCUUCUUUUUUGCUGGUUUUGUCAUCAUCAUGACAAUCACAAUCUUCUUCUUCUUGCCCGAGACCAAAAAUGUUCCUAUCGAAGAAAUGUAUAGUGUGUGGAAGGCACAUUGGUUCUGGGGAUCAUACAUCCCUGAUAGCUUGGUUGGCCAUCAUUCUAAUAAGAAUGUUGAAAAAAUGCUAAAUGCUUAGAGGGGAAAAAAAAUUAAGUAGAACCACCUCAUUCAAAAAGACGUGUUCAAAUUUCAUGGUUGGUGUUGAUUUAUUCAAGUCAUUUUUUAUAAGUUAAUUUGUGUUCAACAUUUUUUUCAUGACCGAACUAAAUUACAAACAAUGUAUCAAACCAAUAACAUUUCUUAUUUAUAAAUCAUUCGAUUACAACAUAAUGAUACACGAGAUUAAACAAAAAAAAAAAAAAAAAAGUUGUGAACCAAACACAAAUUUUGGCCUUCUGAUCUACCCCUUCUUCCUUGAUUAAUUGUGCCAAGGACAUAGGCAUUGUGUCAACGCAUGGACAACCUUAACUAUUUCCUUUUGUACUCAACAAAGGAUCAAUCUAUUAGUUGAAACUUUUUUAGUGAAAUGCAAUAUGUCAUGCCUCUCUUGGCCUUUUUUCAAUUAUUGCCACUACAUUAAAUUUGUAUU